UGAAAGUGAUUCUUUCAUUUCUCGUGCACACUGUGCUUUCAUUCCUCAGAAAUCCUGUCAGGUUCACUGGAGGAUCCUGUAGAUACUCACCUGACAAGCUCCCCAAAUCUUCCAGCAGGCUGCUAAAUCACUGAGACCGGCGCGAUGAGCUGCUGUAAACUCCUGAGGUUGGUCCUCCUGGCGGCGGUGGUGAUCUUGUCAUCUUUGAAGACGUUAAACUCUGUGGAGGAGCUGGAGGAGACCGGAUUUGGCACGCCACCUCCCAGACACGGGCUUGUGCUGCUUGUGUGGUAUGUGAAUAACUGCGUCGACAACAACAUGGUGGCUCUCUGCGACCCCAAGAGAGGAGAAUACGGCUUCCACGAGUUCAAGAAUCUACUUCCACACAACCUCCUUCCUCAACUGAAGGACAAGAAGACGUACGGAUACUUCACUUUAGGAAACCUCCAUUACAAGCAUGCGAGCGACCUGCCCUAUGAAGUCAGGAAGUACUACGAUCGCCAUAACCCGGAGAGUAACAUGGACAGAGUCCUCGUCAAGUAUAACAAGAACAAGAACACAGUAGAGGAGGUGUAUGUAUCGGAGCACUAUGAUAAAGCAAAGACGUAUCUUCUUGCUCCGUCUCUGAUCGAGGAAUUAAGGCAAUAAGCAGUUUUUGGCAUGUGAUACAUUCGUUAGUAAUAUGCAUGUUUAAAUGUUUUUUUAUGAUUUAUGAGCACCACUGCACAACUAACUAACUGUAAUUUCCUGUCCAGACUUACAUAAUAUCUCUUAGUUUCUGUUUAUCAGUCUUGUAACUUUCAAUUCCCAAUAUCACAGCUGCCUGCCUAUUUUUAGCCACUUCUCUUUUCACUCUUUUCACACUGUAACAACAAUACCUAAGCUACCAUAGUGAAAAAAAAGAUGCAGAUUAAAAUAUACUAAGCAUUAUUAUGCUAUAUUGCACUAAAGUGUUUUUGUAGCCACAUUAAUAACCAGUAUAUUUAAAGAGUGCUAAAAUAGAACAGCUUUUUUUGCACUUAUUAUACUUUAAUUACAUAAAAGUAGUACAAAAUCUUACUUAAAUUGUGUAAAAAAAAGUGUAUUUAACUGUACUAAAAUGGAACUAUGGAACUUUUUUAUCUGUUGUGAUUUUAAAAAAGAAAGGAAUCGAGUGAACAUGUUCAUAGUUUGUGCACACAUUUGUUAACUUGCGUAUGGAAGUGGUGGAUCUAAUAGAGCUGACAGAUUAUUGUAUGCAAUCAUGUAUAUAAAUGUUCUCAUUAGUCUUUAUUUCCAUUUAUGGUACCACUUCAAAAUAAGACUACCUUUAUAAAAGGUUUACAAAUGGCUUACCUUAUUAAUAGUCACUAAUAAGGUUGUAAAUGUCUUAAAAAUCAUUAAUAAUCAGUUAUAACACCUACGUAAAAAUGGACAUAGACCUGUUGUUUGCCAAAUAGUGAACCCACAGCCACAUAACUAAUUAUUAAUGAUUUUUAAGGCAUUUACAACCUAAUUAGUAACCAUUAAUAAAUUAAU